CCUGACUGACUCAAUGGUACUUUGGUUAAUCAGUAACUAGAGUGGGAGCACACAGCUGGCCGGGUGGGUUAAAGUAAGAGUGCAGAGGAGUCAGGAUCUCACUUAGCACCUCAUUCAGCAGCAACAACAGCAGACCCAUCUGAGACAACCGUUUUAGGGUAAUUUCCAACCAAAGGUAAAAUGCAGAGACUGUGGUCACCUCUUCUCGUCCUCCUACUAUACUGCUGCCUCUCAGGAAGCCAAGCCAACCGAGUCUACGUUCACCCCUUCUAUCUUUUUGCUGCUGAGAAUGUCAGCUGUGAGACCCUGCAGGCCCCCAUGGUUAAGCCUCUGGAGACACUUCCUGUGGCUCCCCUUGACAAUGAAGUCUUGACUCCGGACCACAGGGAUCCAUCAAAAGUCGAUGUACAGAGGCAAAACAUCACAGAGAGGACAGCAGUUUUGGCAGGGCUAUUAAAUGCUCUGGGCUUGAGGAUGUACAAGGCUCUCAGCAGCAAGCAGCACAGCGCUAACACCCUCUUAUCUCCAGUCAACACCUUUGGAUCCCUGGUCACCUUCUACCUGGGAGCCUCCAGGAAGACAGCAGGUUCAUUCCAGCUUCUACUAGGCCUGAGUAGGGAAACUGAUGGAGAGGACUGCGUGUCCUUAAUGGAUGGACACAAAGUUCUUAAGACCCUGCAGGGCAUUAAUUCUCUUCUGGACGAUGGACCCAAAGAUGAAAUCACUACCCAGGUUUGGGCCUUCACUCGCCAGGAUGCUCAGCUGUCCGAGGACUUUAUUCAAGGCACACAGGACUUCUCAGACACAUCGUUUAUCCGAGGUGUGGACUUCUCCAAACCUCAGGUAGCAGAGCAGCUGGUCAACAGCUUUGUGGAGAUGACGUCAGAUGGGAAGGUGAAGGAUAUCUUCAAAGAUCUGAAUGCCACCAAUAACCUUCUGUUCAUCACCUCCUUCAACUUCCAAGGAAACUGGAAGAAAGCUUUCCAGCCAGAUGAGACAACCUUGAAGGAGUUUCAUGUGGAUCAAACAACCACAGUAAUGGCUCCACUGAUGACCCGCACGGAUCAGUACCACUACUUCAACGAUACGGUGCGGCGAUGCACCAUUGUGAAGCUGUCUCUGAGCAAACGCUCCUACAUGUUGUUGGUCUUGCCUCAUGAGGGGGUUAAACUCGGUGAUGUGGAGUCAAAGCUGCGCAGAGACGUCAUUUCUGACUGGCACCAAAAUCUUCAGGAAGGUCUCCUGGAGCUGUCACUCCCCAAGUUCUCCAUGUCCUCUGUGACUGAUUUGCGUGACCUGCUGACUACCAUGAAUCCCGAAAUCGAGGCCAAACUGUUGGGCUCCAAGGCCGAGUUCAGCCAACUCAGCAACACCAAACCCUUCACCAUAGAUAAGGCCAUCAACAAAGUGCUGUUUGAGAUGUCAGAGGAAGGAGCAGAACCUCAGGACCCGACACAGGAAGAGGGCGUCCCUCUGAAGCUGUCCAUUAACAGGCCUUUCUUCUUUUCUGUUAUAGAAGGAAAUUUUAACUCCAUCCUUAUGCUGGGCAAGAUCAUAAAUCCUCUGCUCUAAUGAUAUAUAGUGCUUUAAGUGAACAAACCCCCCUGACAUGAAAAAUUUCCCACAUACCAGGCCUAUUUCUUUACAACGUACUUUAUCAUCUACAGCUUUCAUUUCUGCAGGAAAUCUUUCAUGGUGCAGACAUUGUGUUUAAAUCAUAGAUUUGUUUUCCUUCUGAAAUAAUUCUCACAUACAGUGCAUGAGGAAUUAA